AUGGUUCGUUUUACACUGGCCAUUUCCUUGCUCCUCGCGCUCGGCACUGGAGUUAGUGCAGAAUGCGAAGCUUGUCCUAAUUGCGAUUAUGAAAAUAUCAGUAUUCAGCAAGGGGAUGCAUGUCUUAACUACUGGACGUGCUCAGGCGAUACUAUCAGCUGCUAUUACCCCUCUGUCGCAAAUCCGGGAACGUGGAAUACCUGCUCAUAUGCUCCAGCCAAUGAUUGGGCACUCGUAUCUGGCCCCAGUGAUAUCUGUUUCCCGUAUGCGGGCAUCAACUCGAAAUGUCAACCUGGGAAUGACCCUUACAACCUUGGCAUCCCAGGCUGCACCGCUUCAUAUGGGCUUGUCGAUGAAGGCAACAGUGGGCUGUUAUAG